UUACGCACACCCUGAUCCUCUCCACACAGAACCAGUGUGGCGCACAGACAGGCGGCAGCCCCUCAGAAAGUGGCAAGUUUUCGCCAAAGGAUUCCGUCUCUAAAUUAAUCACCUUCAUGUCGACUGUGUUGGAUACUAACCCGCCGAUGCUAUGGUUACCUUUAUUACGAUCUUACAGGUGAAUCUAGUGAUGUCCAUCCUGCUGUAUGUGAUGGUCCUUGUGUACCUCUAUGGUAUCCAGGCAACCAACAUGGACAGCAGUCGGCAGGGGCAACAGCAGCAGCCAAGUCCCGACCCCUUAAACUCCCUUAUCAUCCAGCUGCUUCAGGCUGACCUGACGAGGGGUAAGACAAGGGGGAACCAGAGCCAACAGGGGAGAAGCAGGGACACUGAGCCCCAGGAAAUGCAGCCUCCUCUGCUCAGUGCAAACUUUCCAUUGGAGGAGCAGGGCGAUGCGGAACAGUGGGGCACGGGCGCUCGCAGCGGCGGGAGCAGCGACAGCGUAGCCGACCAGCAAGUGAUGCUGUUGAACUCGGACCUUCUCAGGCAGCACAAGCGGUACAACUCCCCUCGGGUGCUGCUGAGCGACCGGCUACCACUGCAGCCGCCGCCGCUGUACUUUGCGGACGAUUAUGUAAGCGGCGGAUUGGACGGUGCAGCGGGAAACAAGACACGAAAGAAGCGUUAUGCUGAGCACAAGAGCUACCGUGGGGAAUAUUCUGUGUGCGACAGCGAGAGCCAGUGGGUGACGGAUAAAACUCAAGCAGUGGACACCAGGGGGGACCCGGUCACAGUUCUGGGCAAAAUUAAAACCAGUGCCACGCAGGACAUCAAACAGUACUUUUAUGAGACACGCUGUCGGACCCCCAGGCCCUUCAAAGGUGGCUGCAGGGGCAUCGAUGACAAGAACUGGAACUCGCAGUGCAAGACGACGCAGACGUACGUCCGAGCACUGACGCAGGUUCGCAAUUCAGUGGGCUGGAGAUGGAUACGCAUAGACACUUCCUGCGUCUGUGCGUUGUCAAGAAAACGUCAUAGGACGUGAAGCAAACGCUACAAGCCUUUGGAAUUGUACUUCCUGGUUAGGAUUCUAUUUCCUGUUCACAGUGCUCCCCACCCCAGGAUUAUGUUUCAUGGUGGUGUUGCAACACUGUAAAAUUAAACUUCUACUGAUGAUAUCGUGGGACCAUUUAAAUGAUAUUUCACAUUAAUGUGCUGCAAUGCCAGUGCAGUGCCGCUGUUACGGAAGAACUCAUUUGAGAGAGGUUGGGGAGGGAAAGAGGGAGGUGGAACUACAGAUAUAAAUUAUUUAAAUUAUAUGCAUGUAGUUUAUACAUGUCUAUCUAUAUAUAUCUAUAUAUAUAUAUAUGACGUAUGAAUAUAUUUGUGUUAUUUAUUGAAGGAAGAAAAUGACUUUAAAAAUGUAAAGAAACAAGCUAUGAACUCAUUUUGAGACUGUAAUACCGAGCUGGGCUGCAAAGGUGCUUCACAUUAAGACUUUACAUGUGCCUUGACCAGUGUGGCUGCAGAGCUGAGAGACAGGACAUGGCAACACACACACACACACACACACACACACACACAAA